GCCGGUUUCGUGCCGAUAACUUGAACAAGCUGAAGAACCUGUGCAGCAAAACCAUCGGGGACAAGAUGAAGAAGAAGGAGCCGGUGGGGACAGACGAGUCAGUACCGGAGAGCGCACAGAACCUCGACGAGCUCACGGCCGACGUCCUGGGGGGCGACUGCAGCUGCAGGAAGAAAUAUUCCCACGUGGACCUGGUGGUGAUGGUGGACGGCUACGAGGGAGAGAAGGGGGCUGUGGUCGCAGGCAGCCGGGGCUACUUCCUUAAGGGUCCCCUGGUGUUCCUGGAGCAGGCCCUGAUCCAGUACGCGCUGCAGAGCCUGCGCGCCAGGGGCUACACCCCCGUCUACACCCCCUUCUUCAUGCGCAAGGAGGUGAUGCAGGAGGUGGCCCAGCUCAGCCAGUUCGACGAGGAGCUCUACAAGGUGAUCGGCAAAGGCAGCGAGAAGGCGGAGGACAGCUCCAUCGACGAGAAGUACCUGAUCGCCACCUCGGAGCAGCCCAUCGCCGCGCUGCACCGCGACGAGUGGCUGAGACCUGAGGAUUUGCCCAUCAAAUACGCGGGGCUCUCCACCUGCUUCCGGCAGGAGGUGGGGUCCCACGGCCGCGACACCCGCGGCAUCUUCCGCGUCCACCAGUUCGAGAAGAUCGAGCAGUUCGUCUACGCCUCCCCCCACGACAACAAGUCCUGGGAGAUGUUUGAGGAGAUGAUAGCCACGGCCGAGGAGUUCUACCAGUCCCUGGGCAUCCCCUACCACAUCGUCAACAUCGUCUCGG